AUGCCAGCCCGCUGCGUGGCCGCCCACUGCGGCAACACCACCAAGUCGGGCAAGUCCCUCUUCCGCUUUCCCAAGGACCGCGCAGUGCGAUUGCUGUGGGAUCGCUUCGUGCGUGGCCGCCGCGCCGACUGGUAUGGGGGCAACGACCGCUCUGUUAUCUGCUCGGACCACUUCGCCCCAGGCUGCUUCGACGUGUCCUCUGUCAUCCAGAAGAACCUGCGCUUCUCCCAGCGCCUGCGACUGGUGGCAGGUGCGGUGCCCACCCUGCACCGGGCACCAGCCCUGCCCGCUGGAGAGCGCCCGGAGGAGCCGGCGCCGGCCCCGACCUCGGCCCCUGAGCGGAUGGAGGAGCGUGGAGAGGACCGACCGGUGGGUCAGCAGCAGGACGACCCCCCAGCAAAUCCCACAUCCUGCAAACUCCUCCUCCCCGCGAGGAUGAGCCCAGCUACUGCCCAGAUUACUAAUGAAUAUGAAGCUACCCAGACACAAGUAGAUGUUGAUCACCAAUCUAAUGAUGUCACUUCGGUGCCUCCUUACUGUGAAGAAGGCUUAGUAUCUAUAGAUGUUGAUGUUCAUGCACUUAAGAUGCAUAAAAGUACACAAAUUUCUCUGAAAAGGCCCCCUCAUCGUAGUGUGGGUAUUCAGGCCAAAGUAAAAAUAUCAAGUAAACGACUGUGUGAUGCAACUACUCAAACAGAUGAAUUAUGGUCUCUUCCUAGAACUUCUUCCCUGUUUGGCAUUUACUCCAGUGAUUCUGAAACAGAUACUGACUGGGAUAUCAAGAGUGAACAAAGUGAUUUAUCUUACAUAGCUGUGCAGGUGAAAGAAGAGACAUAUUGA